GGGCGGAGUCACGCCCUCUGACGUUAUCACGCACGGUCGUAACUCGACGCGAUGACGUCAUCCGGCGGUGGCGGCGGCUGCGAUCCCCGCGAGGCGAGGCGAGCGUAGCUCCCCCCUGCACGCUCCAGCGCCAUGGGCGACAGAAGAACCCUGAGCAGACCAAAACGAGCGGCGAAACCUCAACACCAAGACGACGGCUUCUGGGACUGCAGCGUGUGCACGUACCGCAACAAGGCGGAGGCGUUCAAGUGCAGCAUGUGUGACGUGCGCAAGGGGACCUCCACGCGCAAGCCGCGUUACUCGCAGCUGGUGGCACAGCAGGUGGUGCAGCAGUACUCGCCGGUGCAGCCGCCCCCCAAGAAGGAGAAGAAGGAUCGGGCUGGCAGCGAGCGCGACAAGACCGACAAGGAGAAGGACUCGCUCUCUUCCGUGCCAGGAAAGAAGAGCAGCGGCCGCAAGGCUCGGCCGCGGCUGAAGAACGUGGACCGCAAGAGCGCCCAGCAUCUCGCCGUCACUGUGGGCAACCUCACCGUCAUCAUCACCGACUUCAAAGAGAAGCCGCGGUCCGUCUCCACCUCAUCGUCAUCAUCACCGCCAGCAUCGGCCAUGUCCGUGUCAUCGUCUUCCUCAUCUUCAUCCUCGUCUUCUUCCUCCUCCUCAACAACAUCCUCGGCAGCGGCAAACCCGCCGGCACCACCAGGGGGCGGCUGCGUGGAUGAUUCGACGAUGUCGACAGUGGCAGCACAUGCAGGCUCGGGCUCAGAAGCGCCAGGAGAGAAAGGGCAGUCAUCGCGAGCAUCAUCCCCCAAAGGUGACUCUGUGUCACUUAACAGCGAGACGGAGUGACCGUGGAGGGGUGAGCGAGGCUGUCUGUCUCGGUGGGAAGGGUGAAAGGUGCAGGGGAAUUUUAAGGGAUGAGCAGGCAAGGCAAGUCGGUCAUCGUGUACAUUGUGUAAUAAUUUUAGUUGAAGUGUUUUUUAUAUUUUUCGCAUUGCGCCAUCUGCCCAGGAGAAUCUGGUUUCCCCCUCCCCCCCCUCCUCUUUGCUCUCAACGCAGUAUGGUGGCUCCCACGAUGGCAAUAAAAGCGCCUGUUGUGAAGGAGCGGUGUUGUCGCGAGUUUGAAGACAGUUGAAGCGGUUGCUGUAGGCUUACGCUUAAAUUCACAACUAAAGUAUUCCCCCUGCAUUGCGCAGCAUUAACCCACUUUCUGGACCUUUAUGGAAAAAAUUGUGAAACUUCAGGCAGCGUGACUAUACACUCAGGUUGACAUACAUAAAUCGUACCCCAACCGUAAAAUUGCCUACAAAAGCUUAUUUUUUUUACACUUCCCAAACUUGACGCAACUAACGGAAAUGCCUCUUACCCUUCAUCUCUUGUUUGGUGAUGUUGAGAGCACGUUGGGAGUAUGUUGUUCGGCAACAGUAUUACAGGACGCAAGGGUACGGGAGAUUCAGUUCCAUCUGGCAGUACCACCGUGUGGCUUUAAAACAAACGAAUGAAAACCGUUAACACUUUAAAACACAUUUAAUUCUAAUUCACAGAAUGUGAAUGUCCCAUGGUGGUGUACAGGUACGUAAUGCUGUACUUGGAUUCCCAAGGUUUGGUUGUGACGUAGGUUUGAUGGGGUUUUUUUUAACGGGAAACCUCUCGACGUGACAAGGCCUUUCUGGGGCAAUCCCGACUGUACAAAGCAAAACUAGGCGGUGUAUUUCGCCUGCUUGAAUGCCGUGAUAUUCCCGCAGAGAACAAGGGGAUUGUGACCGGUGGGUUUCAAUGUCGUUCCGUCCUCACCUCAAACCUCUUUGGUUUAGCCAACUGAAGUCUGAGGCAGGUGUACAGGCACUACGGUCACAAGUUAAAAACUAAUUUUUGUGUAUAUUUUAUAUUUUAAUGAGUCGCUGCAAGGAGAUUUUUUUAAAAGGAGUUGUAAGGCGUGGCAGAAAAUAACAAAAAAAACCUUAAUUAUUUGCAGCAUUUCACUGAAGAGGCAUGGCUGUUAUUGUUGGUGUGGUGUUUGAUAGUUUGAAUUUAAAAUGUUUCAUGUUUCUUAAAACUACUCGCAACACAACUUUAAUGAUUGAAAUAUGGUAUGCUGAAGCCAUAUUCCUGGUCAGGAAGUUUAAAAGCAUUACAUGUCACUUUUGGUAUUUUAUACAUGGUUGAAGAAAAAAACCUCGUGACAAGUCAACAAGAAAAAUGGGUGCACUCUACAGAUUAAAAAAGAAAAUAGUUUAUGUUACAAGUAUGCCUUUUUAAUAGUAGAGUUGUGGCAACAUUCUGUAAAACCAUUGUAAAGAUUGUAUGUCAUCAUAUAAGUGGUGCUUUGGCUCGCGGAAAAUGCAGAGGUAUACGUUGACGUAGUUGUCUGUUGAUGCAUUAAUACUGUAGUUUAAUGUUUGUGGGCCAAUGUAAGCCGACCAAAAUGUUAUAAUUUAGUGUAAAAGGCUGCAUUUAGUGGUUUUGAAAGUGAAAAUGUAUACUAAUUGAAUCGGAUAGGUUUGUGUAGCAUUAAGGAUUUGUUCCAACUCUCAAACUCUGUGCUGCUCUUAAGUUAAUGUACUACAUAUGCCCACACACCAAAAAAGAAUAAACCUGUACAUUUUGUA